AUGGGUAUGGGUGGACUUGGAAUGGGUAUGGGUGGACUAGGAAUGGGAUACGGUCUAGGUUCGUUUAAUUUGCAAUUGUUCUCAGGUGUUCCGCCGAUGGGACUCGGCAUGGGUUUAGGAAUGGGCAUGCUCAACAAUCCAUACGGGUACGGCGACUACUACUACCGAUGUAGAAAUUUAAUGGGCGGCGGUAUGUACAAUCCGUUGAUGUCACCGAUGAUGGGGAAGAAGUAA